UGGGUUCAGUCUUGCUCCAGCUACGAUCAAUGUAACAACGCCCGAAAGUUGGCGCUGAUAUCAUAGUGUUGUGUUUGUUGCCAUAGUUCGGUUUGGAAGCUUUAAAUAGGCAAUAACUCUAGUGUAGUAGACUUUUAACUCUUGAAAAACGCGAAAAGACGCCCGCCGGAAAAUGAUGAAAAGAGCCACCAGCUUGUCGCCGGUUAAUCCGAUUCUCAAGAAAUCCAGACUCGAUUUCGGAGCCACCUUGACGAGUACGACAGCGGCCUUCACCAACAACAACAACAACAGCAACAACGAUUACCGGGCCUCCGAGAUGAAUAGCGUUCACACUGCCAACAUUGCCGAAGUGCACGAAAUGCCCAUGACCGUCAUCAGCCGGCCGAUUCCUCCGGUGCUGGACGAUGGGAAGGUCCAAUCGCUGAUGCAGUCCAUUCAGGACCCCACCCAGCUGGCAACGGUUCCGCCGAUCGACGUCCUCUGGAUCGAGGGCUCCGAAGGGGGCAACUACUACUACAGCUUCGGUGGGUGCCAUCGGUUCGAGGCGUACAAACGCCUGGGCCGACCGACCAUCACGGCCAAGCUGAUCAAAUCGUCGCUGUCCGAUCUGCAGCACUACCUCGGCGCUAGCUGUCCGAAGCACCUCAAGUGAACGGGAAGGCCCCGCCGCGGCCAGAGAGAGAGAAAGGACGGUUCGGAUGAUAUUCCAGCUUUUGAUAUGUCACGCGUGUUUCAGAUUUACGUUUUAUUUUACGCAUCUCGUCUACCAACUAAGUCAGAGUAGAUAGUUGUUAAGGAAAUCGUUAAACUGCUUAGAUUUAGUGUUAAUUUUUACAAAAACAAACGGAAAUAUAACGAUAUUUUACAAUCUCCUUCGUGUAACACGGUGUA